CUUUGUUGUGUUACUACCGAACAGCAGGUGGCGCCUUGAACGUUGUUUUUGCAGUCCGCCAGAAAACCGAAGAAGAAAAGGGCGGAAGCAGAAUACCCGGAACUUCCGGUAUGUGCUUCCGGGCCCACAGAGCAUGCGCAGUAGUCUCACCUUUAGCGGCUCCGUGGAGUGAGAAGUUCCCGAUAGUUGAAGAUGCCGUCUUGUGUCGUCCUGAACUGUGUGCAGCGAACAGACGGGAGUGGAUGCAAGGUUCCUCUGUUCUGUUUUCCACACCGUGAUGUGAAGAGGAAGCGUCAGUGGGUCCGUAACAUAAAGCGCAGGAACUGGAAGCCGACGCCCAACUCCCGAAUAUGUGCUCUACACUUCACCCCGGACUGUUUCUAUGCCCGCAGCGGGAGAAGGAAACUACAUUCAAAUGCUGUCCCGACUAUUUUUGCCUUCUCCAGGUGGACACCGAUAUAUAAUAUGCACAGAAAGUUAAGUGACAUUGUUUACCUAGAUCACCCGUACCACAACACGACGGGUCCCUCUACGUCUGGAGAAGUCACAUCUACAGAGGUUAACAGUGAGGUUAACACGGAGGUCAACACCGUGGUCAACACUGAGGUUAACACCGAGGUUAACAGUGAGGUCAACACUGUGGUCAACACUGUGGUUAAAACUGAGGUAGACCCUGUGGUUAUCACCGAGGUUUACAGUGAGGUAAACACCAAGGUUAACACCGACCCACAGUCCAGAUCCACGGCUACUCAGACUACACCACAGGAACAUGUCAGACCAUCAUCCAGCAGUUCAGCCUCUGCUGACCACUGUCCUGCUCCCAACAUGCAGAUCGACGCCUGUCACAAAUUACACUGUAAAAUUCAGAUGGUGGGAAGAAAACUGGACAACUGCCGCAAAAAUUUAAAAAUGGAAAAACAGAAGACGAGACGACUGAAUAAGAAGAUCUGCUGGUUAACUGAUGUUGUCGGCGAGCUGCAGCAGAACAUCAGAGAAAUGACACAAAAUACACCGAUAACGGCUCCAGCUUACCGUCGGAAACGGCAGUCUGGUAGCAUGGGAACGUCUGCUAGCACGGUAAAGUCUGCUAACAAGGUAACGUCUGCUAGCAAGGUAAAGUCCGCUAGCAAGGUAACGUCUGCUAGCAAGGUAACGUCUGCUAGCAAGGUAAAGUCCGCUAGCAAGGUAACGUCUGCUAGCAAGGUAAAGUCUGGUAGCACGGUAAACACUGAUGGCAAGGUAAUAUCUGUUAGCACGGUAACGUCUGCUUGCACGGUAAAGUAUGCUAGCACAGUAAAGCCUGCUAGAACGGUAAACACUGAUGGCAAGGUAACAUCUGUUAGCACGGUAACAUCUGCUAACAAGGUAAAGCAGGUCCGUCAGAAAGAUAAAGGUGUCGUGCCGAUGGAUGGAUAAUCAGAGGUUGUGUCCUGUGUCUUUGCCCUGCGUGUUAAAUGUAAAUAGCCUACAACUAAUACUACAUCAAAUUUUGUUUAUGUCGUGCUACGAGCGCUACUAGCGCUACUAGAUCUAGUAGAUCUACUAGAUCUAGUAGAUCUAGUAGAUCUACUAGCGCUACUAGAUCUACUAGAGUUACUAGCUGACAUUGUCAAAUCCGGUCAAAUCCAGCCCUUCGGAAACUUUGAUCUUAUCAGUUUAAUUCAAUAUAUGACUGUUGAUUUUGCAAAGAUGUUGUGUUUGUGUUGUUAUGAACUCUGGUCAUUCUAUGUGGAGGGUGUACUUUAUGAAUUGCACAUUCCUUUGUGAGGUUUGAUUUAAACAUUUAAAAUAAAAGAACUACAGCUGAAAA